AUGGCCUACGUCCUCAUCGACACGCUCUUCGAGCUCGCCGCACACUCCGAAGCAACAAAAACAGACGCAGAACCCAGCUCCCCGCGCAUCCUCCUCGCCCGCUCCAUCUCGCCAUACCUCCUCCUGCGCUGCGCCGUCUCGCUCAAGUCUUAUAUCGCAGACCAGCCACUGCGCGGCUUGAUGCCGCAGCCCACACCCGCUCGAAAGGCCCUCCUCCAUCUUCUCGGACGCUUGGUUGAAUUGAAGAGCGAGCCCUCUGCUAUCGCGGACCCGUCUGCUCUGAAGACCGUUUCCGUGCUUGAGUCUGGUGGUGGGGAUGCCGUGCCGCAGCACUACCGCAAACAUCUUGAGUGGGUUUAUCCGCUGGUUGUUCGAGCUGUGCAGGUUUCCGGCAAGGAGCGAGACGAUGGGCAGAUUCUGCAGGCACUUGGCAAGGUCUUGCAGGAGAUUGGCCGGUUUGAGUAUUAG